AUGAACAAGACAGUUGUAAGUGAUUUUAUUCUUUUGGCAUUUUAUGAUUUGCAUCAGUUACAGCAUUUAUUAUUCUUUGUGUUUUUAUUCACCUACGUUAUAUGUAUUGUGGGUAAUAUCUCCAUCAUUUUUCUGGUUAACUCAGAGUCUUCACUUCACACUCCUAUGUACUUCUUCAUCAGUGUAUUCUCUGCUUUAGACAUUAUGUUUGUAACUGUCACUGUUCCAAAAUUACUAUGUAAUCUAGCAGUUGCAAAUAAUAUGAUUUCUUUCGGUGGGUGCAUUACCCAAAUGUAUGUCUUUACUUCUUUGGGUGUGACUGAAUGCUAUCUUCUUGCUGUAAUGGUCUUUGACCGACAUCUAGCUAUCAACAAUCCUUUACGAUAUUUGACAAUAAUGAACCAUGUUUUUUGUACUGUUUUAGCCAUCUUUCCAUGGAUUAUCGGAUUUGGUAUUAUUUUAAUCCCCACCAUCUUCACGGCACACUUGGAAUUUUGUGGUCCAAAUAUAAUAGACCACUUUUUUUGUGACUUUGCUCCGCUUCAAAAGUUGACAUGUUCAGAUCCUUUUGCCAGUAGUGUGUCUACAAGUGCUUCAGCUGUAUUUAAUAUUGUUGUACCUUUUCUUAUAAUCGUUGGACUGUACAGCCAUAUCAUUAAAACAAUUUCUAAGAUUCGGAGUGAUGAGGGCAAGCAAAAGGCUUUUUCUACUUGUACAUCUCACUUAAUUGUUGCUAGCCUCUUUUAUGGAACAGCCAUGGUUGUGUAUGUCAAACCAAAUGGAACAAAUUAUGAUAAAUAUCUUGCAUUCAUGUACACAGCUUUUACUCCUAUGAUUAACCCUUUCAUAUAUACUUUACGAAACAGAGAUGUAAAGAAAGUCUUCAAAACUAACCUAAAGCAGCUCUAUUGUAAGCAAUGA